CUCUGUAAAUCAGCUGUUGUUUUAUUCCGACACUACGCUGCAUUUGCAUUAUACCCAAACCAAACUCAUCAUAAUGCAUUACAUAUCCUACGUUCAAAUACAUGUUAGUGCUCUACGUACUUUCACUCUGUCCUUUCUUUUAUGUUCUCCCCCCCCCUUUUUUUUUUUUUUUUUAAUGGUUCUUCUUCCACUUCCACGAGUUCCUCCGGUCCAUCUCUUUUGCAGUCCAUCCGCAUCCAGAAGCUUUUAUCUUUUUAGCUAUUCUUCAGAUUUUCUCAACAAGAUUUUGUCUUUCUAACUUCCAAAUCCAUUGCUCACUCUUGUACCACUCUUUACCCUCUCCAAGAAAUCUUAGCCAUGUCCAUUGAAGAAAGGAGAAAGAAUCCCAACUCUACUACUAUUCCUUUCACCACCUUAUCCAAAUAUCUCGGUAUUCCUUCCACACUCCGUGAUAAUCUUCACUAACUAACGUAUGUCUCUGUGAUAGAAUCCAGAUUUAGCCAAAAUGCAGGCCGUCUGGCGACUCUGAUAUGGGUCGGUGGUGGUGCUAAGCUUUUCCUGUGAUCUUACCCAGAAAUUGAACGAUGAUACUCUUGAAGAUUCUAGGGCUUUAUGCGUUUUCUGGUGGGUGAUAUGCUAUUCGUUGACGUCUUUAAUAGCUGUGCCGUCGUGGGUUUCUGUGAGUUGGGAAUUCAGGUUUUGCAUGGUUUUAUCUGUUUCAAGCGAACUGUGAAAGUAAGACAUUUCGCCCUUUGUUUGUUGGGUAGCUCAAACUUCGGAGAAGAAUUUGGGAUUUCUACUCAAACCCCAUCAUCUUAAUCCGUUGGGAGAUCAGGCUUUCAAUUCCUUGGAGAAAUGAAAUCAUGCUUAAAAGAUUCCCCGAGCCUUUGAGAGCUUCUUUUACAAGGAUCCCAAAAGGAAAAUAAAGGUAUUCUGAGCUGAGGCCAUAAGGCGUUGCAACGGUUGAAACCUUCAGAGCUGCUUUAUACCACCCUUUACCCUCCCUGAGAAUAUAACUGUUCCUUUUGACACUCCCAAGACCGUUUUUAUUUACAUUUGGUAGAGAUAGACGUUGCCUCCAAGUAUGAGAUUUGAAGCUUAUUUGCUCAGAUUUGCAUGUUUCCGCAAUUAUUCUAUGGAUCUGAGGGAUUAAAAAUAUUUCUUGUUGUUGUCCAUCUGGUAUUCUCUGGGAUUUUACAAGCUCAGAAUUUCAGUGGCAUUGAGCUGAAACUGUCAAAUAUUCCAAAGCAUCGAUGGGGCUUCUUCUUUGGAGUCUCUCGAUGCCUAUUCUCCUGACGUGGUUCUUCUGCCCGCCAUCCCUAAGGGCUCAAUCGACCUAUGGGUCUUCAAGAAGCGCUGCACGUGCUCUUGAUGUGCUGCUCCAAGACUAUGCUUACAGGGCUUUUGUUCAUCCAAAGACAGGCAUUCCCUAUGAUGGGAUCGUUCCCUCAAAUUUUACUGGGAUCAAGAUUACUGCAGUGAGGUUCAGGAGUGGUAGCUUACAUAGAAGAGGUUUCAAGAUGUACAAAGAGUUCCGCAUUCCCAUUGGAGUUAUUGAGCAACCAUAUGUAAAGAGGCUUGUUUUGGUCUAUCAAAACUUGGGCAAUUGGUCUAUGGUUUACUACCCAUUACCUGGUUAUACGUACUUAACUCCAGUGCUGGGUCUUCUUGCUUAUAGUGCUUCAAACUUGUCAGCUACAGGUUUACCAGAAUUGAAUGUAACAGCAACUGGUGAUCCCAUAUUAAUUAGGUUUCCGGAUGUGAAAUCACCCCCUCAUGGGGCUGUUACAAAAUGUGUUUUGUUUGAUUUGCACGGUUACCACAAUUUCAGCAAUGUGGCAUCUGGUAAUACUUGUUCAACAAUUCAACAGGGGCAUUUCUCCAUUGUGGUCGAGUCUAUUGCUCCUUCUACACAACCAAUCUCUCCUACACCAAGCGGUGGAGCUCCAAAUGCAGGUCCAAGAUUGGGUGGUGAAGGAAAGAAGAAGAGUAAUUCGGAAGUUGGGAUAAUUGUUGGAUCUGUGCUUGGUGGAUUAGCGUUGUUGGUAUUAUUAACAUUCCUGGUUCUGUGGGUGCAGAAGUUCAAGCACCGGAAGAAAAUGCAGCAGAUGGAGAGAGCUGCAGAUGUAGGAGAAGCCUUGCACAUGACAAUCGUUGGGAAUGCAAAAGCCCCUGUUGCGAUGGUGACUCGAACACAACCAGUCCUUGAGAGUGAAUAUGCUCCCUGACUCCCACGAUGUGUGCAAGCUUCCACUGUCAUCCAAAUGCCAUUAAUAUUCAAGUUCAAUUCCUGUAAUCAGAAAUUCUUCCAAAUCACCCCUUUUUUGGGGGUGUCUCCUUUCCCUUUUUAGGAUGUUGGUUUUUAGUGUGGUUAUUGAUAUAGGAUUUUUGUGUAAUCGCUCACAUAGCGGUCCAUAGUUUUAUCAUUCAUUGUGGCGUGUCGUUCAAAGGGAUUUUAUAUGUGAUGAAUGUAGUUGUCCAAAUCGACAAGGAAUAAGAUUUUCUGAUGGUGAUGGCACGUUUCUCUUUUUGUUGU